AUGGAGCUGGCGGAAGUGAUAGGUGGUUUGACUCGUUGCCAGUUGAUUGGGCCUGACGAUGCUGUGACUGAUGAUCUGAGUGGCUCGAUGUUGAGCAAAAUCGACGACAAAUUAGCUAAAUCGAUAAUUGUAUUCAAAUACGUCGACGACAAAGACGUUUUUCAGAAAUUCUACGCCCGAAUGCUGGCCAAGAGGUUGAUUCAUCAGCAAUCCCAGUCUAUGGACGCGGAAGAGACUAUGAUCGACCGGCUGAAGCAAACUUGCGGGUAUGAAUUCACAAAUAAACUGCAUCGUAUGUUCACUGACAUGUCGGUGUCGAUGGAUCUCAACACUAAGUUCACGAGCAGCUUGCGAGAACGGAACGCCGAGAACCAACUGGGAAUCGGGUUCGUCGUCUACGUGCUCCAGGCUGGCGCUUGGCCGCUCAGUCUGCCCCCUUCCUUGGGCCCGUUCCACGUUCCACAGCAACUGGAACGCUCCAUUCAGGCCUUCGAAAGCUUUUACCACGCCCAGUUCAGUGGCCGCAAGCUCACCUGGCUUCAUCCGCUGUGCCAGGGGGAACUUAAGUUCAAUUACUUGAGGAAGCCGUACUUAGUUACGGUUCAGACUUACCAGAUGGCGUUGCUGUUGCUCUUCGAACAAUGCGACUCAAUGUCCUGUCGCGAAGCCGCUGCUUCUCUGAGACUGUCUCAUGAUCAAUUGGUGAAGCACGCCGCGAGCUUGGUUGACUGCAAAAUUCUCAAGAGGUCUGGCGAUGAAGGAGACCUUGAAGAGGACACUGUGCUCAUUUUGAAUUUAGAGUAUUAUAAUAAGCGCACCAAGUUCAGGGUUACUGGGGCGCUCCAGAAGGACGUACCUGCGGAGAUGGAAGCUACCAGGCGAAGUGUUGAUGAUGAUCGCAAGUUGUACAUCCAAGCUGCUAUUGUUAGAAUUUUGAAGAGUCGGAAAAUGUUGAGACAUAAUCAGUUAGUUCAAGAGAUACUAGGGCAAUCAAAAGUGAAAUUUGCUCCAACAAUAAGUAUGAUAAAAAAAUGUAUUGAAGCACUGAUUGACAAACAAUACAUCGAACGUACUCAAAAUAGUGCUGACGAGUAUUCAUACGUUGCAUAA